GGCGGCGGCUUCGGGGCGGGAGGAGGGGCCGGGCUGGACGCGCGGGAGGAGAAGGUGGUGUACUCGCGCUCGCAACUGUCGCUGGCCGACAGCACCAAGGCGCUGGGCGACGCCUUCAAGCUGUUCAUGCCCCGCAGCACGGAGUUCAUGAGCUCGGACGCGGAGCUCUGGAGCUUCCUCUGCAGCCUCAAGCACCAGUUCUCCCCGCACAUCCUGCGCAGCAAGGACGUCUACGGCUACUCGUCCUGCCGGGCCCUGGAGAAAACUGACAUGUACAGUCAAAUAUACUACCUUGGCCAAGUUGGAGCAGAGAGGAGGCUGAAUGGGGUUGAGCUUGGAGAGUGUAAGGUUUGGAACCCAAGUUCACCAUCUGUGCAAGUGCCAACCCUCUGUGAGCUUUGGGCACAUCAAGGAUCCUUCUAUUCUGAAAUCGUAUGA